AUGGCGUCUUCUCAGGACGCUUGGUAUCUCUCGUUGCUGGGUUUGGCCGAGAACUUUCGCACGUCAAAUCCACCAAAUGUCAAAUCGUGCAUUCAGUGUCUACAGGCAGUUUUCCACUUCAAGCCACCGCCGCGCGUCGAGGCGCGCACUCAUCUUCAGCUUGGCAACAUCCUGCUCACGCACACGAAAAACAUCGAUUUGGCGCGAUCUCACUUAGAUCAAGCGUGGCGACUGAGUCAGAACAUAAAUACGUUCGACGAUGUGAAGUUUGAGGCAGCCAGUGUGGUUGCGGAACUGUACGAACAACAACAACAGCCAAAUCUAAGUAAACCGAUAUUAAGGAAGGCGAUAGAAUUAUCUCAGCACAAUGUUUACUGGCAUUGCAGGCUUAUCUUUCAACUCGCACAAAUUCAUGCCUCGGAGAAGGACUUUGUCGCAGCGAGCAGUCUACUUGCAGUGGGCGUGGAUUAUUCUCACAUAAGCAACGCCAGUUACACCAGAGUACUCUUUCUUCUAUCCCGGUGCAUGCUCCUUUUAAUAGACAAAAAAUUCACAGAGGUUCAUCCUCUUUUAAAUUCAGCGGGACAUCAUGUAGAAAAUUGGCAAGGUAGUCCACAUCAAAAGGAAUAUCUGAAAGUCUACUUUUUAGUUCUCCAAGUAUGUCACUACCUCAUGGCAGGUCAGGUGAAAAGUGUGAAACCUUGUUUAAAACAAUUGCAACAAAGUAUACAGACUAUAAUGUCUCCUAGUUGGCCGACUGAUGACGUAGUUACAGGUUCCAACAUAGGAGAUAUGUUUAUAUGGAUGCCAAAAGAUCAUCUAUAUGUUUUGGUUUAUUUAGUAACUGUCAUGCAUUCUAUGCAAGCUGGAUAUAUGGAUAAAGCUCAGAAAUAUACCGAUAAAGCCCUUACUCAAAUUGAAAAACUGAAAAUUGUCGAUAAUAAGCCCAUCUUGUCUGUAUUUCAAUUAAUGCUUUUGGAGCAUAUAGUUAUGUGUCGGCUUGUUAUGGGAAAUAAAAGCGUGGCUCUCGCGGAAAUUUCUCAAGCUUGUCAACUUUGCAGGCGACAGCCUAGAUUACUUCAAGGCCAUAGACCGCAAUUACAUGCAUUACUAGGUUUAUAUGCAAUGUCUAUGAAUUGUAUGGAAGCUGCAGAGGCUCAAUUUACUGCUGCACUCAGAACAUCACAAGAGAGGGAACUUUGGACAUUCGCGAAUUUGAAUUUAGCAAUAGUAUAUCUCAGAACAAAAAGAGACGCCGAACUAGGAGCAUUAUUAGAAAGGAUAAAUCCAGAAUCUUUACCAUCACAUUCUCAUUCCUUGAGGGCAGCUGCAUAUUAUGUACAAGGACUCCAAGCCUUCUUUGGUGCUAGAUACAAUGAAGCAAAACGGUAUCUUAGAGAAACAUUAAAAAUGGCAAAUUCGGAAGACUUGAAUAGACUCACUUCGUGUAGUCUUGUGCUUUUGGGACACAUAUUUCUUUCAUUGGGAAAUAGUAGAGAAUCAAUGAAUAUGGUUACACCUGCGAUGCAAUUAGCUUCUAAAAUACCUGAUGUACAUGUACAAUUGUGGGCUACUGCCAUUCUUAAAGAUUUGUAUAGAAUUUGCGGUGAUCCUACUCGUGAAAGCGAAGCGUAUCAAAUGCAUUGUACAUUUUCCCAAACUCUUUUGAAGGACCAUUUUCAGAGUACUCAAAUGAGUGAGCAUUCGCUUAUUCAUUGGACAGACGGUCCGGUGCCUGCGUUACCAACCAAUCCACCACCGUCUACAUCGCAAGCAAUUCUCUAAUAACAUAAAAAAAUAUUUAAGUGUGUUUAUUUACUUAAACUGUCCAGAUUAUCUGCUGAAGCCGUAUAUAUUUGUAUUACUUAUUUAUUGGGUUGUAAAGUGUGAAAUUUGUUUCAGCAUCAUUCAAUUUCAGAUAUUAAGAUAAUUAUAAUGAGUAAUUUCAAAACAUCAGAUUUAAUUGUGAAUGAUGAAGAAAUGAAAGGAUUAUUGGAUAUUUGUGAUAUAAUAUCCAUUUUUUUAAAUACGAUCUUUGCAAGAACAUGGGGCAACUAGUUAUAGCUGCAGAACUUGUGUGAUAGUGUUUAUAAUAGUAUUUCAGUUAUCAAAAUUAUAUGGCAGGGACUGAUUAUUACAUUUAGAUCAUUGAUAUAUUUUGUUUACUUCAAGUUUAUAUAAUUUAAUUUUUACAUUACAUUUUUUUUUAUGGAUUUAUACUCUCUAUAAGAGAGGGAUACAAGUGAUGAUUAUCAACAUAUGGAUCAGAUGCGUUUUUAAAAUUAUAUGACUCGUUCUGCCGCACAAUGUGUUUAAAUAAGAUUUGUACUGCAUAUAUAAAAAGUAUAGCUCAUACAAAAAUAUAGAAUAAAAACUUUUAUUUUUGUUUAAAA